AUGCCUUCCUACCUUAUCACUGGAGCCUCAAGGGGCAUUGGUUGGGAGUUCUUGAGCCAGCUGGCCAGCAACCCCAGCAACACUGUCAUUGGCCUUGUUCGGAACAAGUCUGCCACUGAGACUAGGGGUGAUAUCAGCGAUUACAAUUCUCUUGAGGCUGCAGCUGCUGAAACAGAGAAGAUCACCGGAGGUGGUCUCGAUAAUUUGAUAGCCAAUGCCGGGGCAGUGGCCCACUGGGAUGCAUACGAUCCAAUUGGAAUCUUAGCUCAACAGCCUGAAAUCCUCGAAAAAGAACUCAUGCACCUCCUCCGAGUUAAUGUAGUCGGCAACAUCCAUCUCUUCAGCGCCUUCACCCCCCUCCUCCGUCGAGGCCAGACGAAGAAAGUAAUCGCCAUCUCCAGCGGUCAGGCGGCGCUGGACAUGAUCCCCAAGCUGCAGAUAGAGUUGUCGUCACUGUACUCUAUUAGUAAAACAGCCCUGAAUACCGCCGUGGCCAAGUUUAGUGCACAGUAUAAUAAAGAAGGGAUUCUCUUCAUGAGCGUCUGUCCCGGAUUAGUGGAUACAGGACGUUAUGACGACGGUAUGCGUGGUAUAACCUUGGAAGUUGCUUUUUAUAUAAAUGUUACUAAUAUCUAUAAUACUUACAGGAACUCCGGAACAGCGCGAACGCUUAAAAAAAUGUUUUAUUCCUUUGCAGAGUAUGCACCAAAUUUCAAAGGCGCCAGCACCACCGAGGCCGCCGUAAAGGAUGUUCUUUCUGUUAUGGAUAAGGCUAGCGUGGACAAUGGAGAUGGGGGGUCGUUUGUCUCGCAUUUUGGGAACCAACAAUGGUUGUAG